AUGGACAGCUUCAGCGCUCCGCUGCUGGGUCCAGCCUCGGACGACGCCAAGAGGAGCGCUCGCAGGUGGCGCGCCGCCACUCUCGCGACCAUGCUGCUCGCGCUGGCGCUCGCCGCCGCCGUCGCGGUGCUCGCCAACGAGCGCGCCGCGCUGCUGCAGCGCGGAGAGGCGGGCAGGGAGAAGGACGGCCCCACAUACCAGUUCUCGGGGUCCAGCCUCGACGAGCAGUCCUGCACGGUGGCGGGCGUCGACGCCUCCGCCACGGGCCAGAAGCUGCAGUGCUGCAGCGGUCUCGCAGAGGUUGAGAAGCCGUGCUUCCAGCCAGAGGGCCUGUCGGUGUGCAUCUUUUGCCUGCCUGCCGAGCAGGUGCCGGCCGCCUGCACGCCGGCCGGCAAGGACGUCUUCGCCAACGACGCCGGCGUCCACAUGCCCUGCUGCCCGGGCUUUGCAGAGGUGCUUGGCCCGUGCCGCGGCACCGACAUGUGCAACUUCUGCCAGCCCUCCUCCGUUGUCCCGGGGGCGCGGGCGGAGCACCCACCGGCAAAGGUGUCCAUCGACCCGGCGACGCCGCAGGACGCGGUCGACAAGUACAAGGCGGACGGGCUCUCCCUCAUCCUUUCGGACGAGUUCAAGGACAUCGCGCGCACAAAGUCGGUCUUCGUGUUCGAGGACAUCCCGUACGGCGUGCCGGGCAACACGGGGGACGUCAACAUCGCCUCCAUCUACUCCUCGGACACCAUCUCGCUGCUGCCGGAGGGCGGCCUCCGCCUCUCCGCCUACCUGGCGCCCGAGGACGAGACGCGGUUUCUGCGCGGGUGGAACGGGACUUGGAACAAAAACUACGGCUCCGACGUCUCGCUCUGGAGCUGGCACGCGCCGAAGGUGACGUCUCGCGUCAACGGCCGCUUCCAGUACGGGUUUGUCGAGACGCGCAUCAAGGCGCCCAAGGGGUACGGCCCGUGGCCCGCGGCCUGGCUCAACGGCUGCUACGGCUUCGUCGUCGAGUCCUCGGGCGAGCUGAUGCUGCAGGAGGACUACCCAUUCCUGUGCGGGCAGUACUGGCCUCCGGAGCUCGACUUUUUCGAGCACUUUUCGCCGGAGCACACCUGGUACUGGCGACCGAACUCGAUGUCGCUGCACUCGCCGAACCAGUACGUCGGCCUCGGCAAGAAGAAGACGGAGCAGGGCGGCUACUGCCCCACCACUCUCUCUCCGCCCGGGGAGGCGUGGUGCUUUGGCGUCUCCGGCUCUGGCGCCUUCACCGACGACCCUACCGAGCGUUUCAUCGACUACGGCAUGCGCUGGGACCCAGACGGCGUGGACUACUACAUGGACGGCCGCUUCAUGCACCGCUUCACAAAGGACCAGCUCGUCAUGUACCUGUCUGGCCAGAACCGGCCGGUGCUCAUCCCGGAGAUGCCGCUCUUCCUCACGUUCAACAUCGCGCUCGUCCGCAAGGGGAUGGACCUCUCCCACAUGGCAGAGGGCCUCACCGAUGUGUCCAACUUUGACGCGGCGAGCGGCAAGUGGAAGGGGAUGCACAUGGACGUCGCGUGGGUGCGCGUGUACCAGUCCGACACGCAGGGCGAGUCGCGCGGCCUCAACCCGCCCAUCACGUACGAGACGCGUCGCAAGCUGCUCGCCAACCGCGUGACUUGCAACCUGCUGCCCGAGCUGCGCUGCAUGCUUAAGCUCGAUGGAGGAAAGGAGGGCGCCGCCAAGGCGAGGGCUCACCCGCUGCCCUCCUCGCCGCUGCCGUCCCUCUCUCGCCGCUGCGCGGCGCACGUGGCGUGCCAAAAGUUGCGCGAGCUCGGAGACGAGUACUGCGACACCAUCCCGCACCUCUGCUCGAUCAACAACGCAGGCAGCGCGCGCCUCGCGCCCGAGGGGCUUCUCGAGUCAGAGUUUUUCCAGGACCCUCCGGUCGGCAAGGAAGGCAGCACCAACCCCGCCGGCUGGAAGACCUACGGCAAGGGAUUGCCGCCCCCCGUCCCCAAGAAGAAGUAG